AUGCUCCGUCUUACAAACUGCCUGCAAAGGCUCAUGAAUGCUUUGCCGUUCUCGCACAAAGUAGUGCCAGGAAAGGUUGACCCGACCCUGGCUCUGCAAGACUUCAAACUGCUGCAGCAGCAUGCUAAGACGGAACUUCGAUGGCCAGCAGAUCGGAACGGUCACCGUUUUGACGGAGAUGUCAAUCCAUUUUUCUGGAAAAGGCGUGCGGAGUACGAGCUAGUAUUGGCCGAUGCGAAGGAUGCCAAGGAACUGUGGAGCAAACUGCAGUGGGAUGAAGAAAAGCAGCGUGGAGCUGUGAACACGACAGUUCCAGAAGGUGGAGAUGAGUUCAACUGUCAGCAACUUCAAGCUGGAUGGCGACUGUUGGGUCACAACAUGGAGAGCCUUUGUAAAGAAUUGCAGUUCGAUCCGGAUAACAAAGACAAGGCCAACGACUGCAAGUAUGAACCACCUGUGGUCUUGACCUUCGAAGGACCGGAAGUGGAAAAAGUCACGACCUACAAGAUGCUGCUGGAGUUCAUAGAGUACAUCCGCAAACUUGACGCCAAUGAAGAGCGUGCGGCGGCAUCUAAGAAGAUGACAGUAGAAGGCGGUGGUCGUCUUGGAGAUCGGCGAUUGAAGCAGAUUGUCGACGUUUUGCGGAUUGCGGCGGUCACCAACAAUCGCAACUCUGCCAAGGGCAGCUUUGUGAAUAUCCCUGACUUGUACCUGUUGGUAUAUUUUUGCUGGAAGACUCGGGGGGACUGGACCUUGAUUCAGGCUUGGUGGUUGGACCGGAUCAAGAAAGAGCUUCGCUGCCUGGUAGAAGACUUCAAGAAGGACCACAAGCCAGAGGGGAAUUUGUGGUUGCCAGAUGAGAUAUGCAGGCAGCUGCAAGAAGUCUGGGAAAAGGGCGGCCCUCAGAAUCUAGACAAAAGCCAAAAGCUUCAAAAGUUGGAACAAGUCAUGGAGAAGAGAAAUGAGAUCGAACGUCAAAGAUUGAAGGACGAGCAGAGGCGCCGUCAGGAGAGAGAACAGCAAAGGAAGUUUGAAGACAUGAAAGCAGAGAGGGAGCGGCAAAGUGAAAAGGAGAGGAGAGAAGACGCGCUUAAGGAACAGGAAAGAAAAGCAAAAGCGGAGCAAGACACGCUUGACUGGGCGCAAACGCAAGAAAAGCAUGCCAUUGACAAGGCCCACAGAGAGGAGAAGAUGAGGUCGAUUGAGGAGAGGGAAGCGAGAAGGAAGCUUGAUGAAGAUGCCAAGAAGACAGAGUACGCCCAACGUCAAGAAGACCUCAGAAGCCGAGCAGCGCUACAGCUCCAACAAAAGCAAAAAGAAGACGAGAAAGCCGCCCGUUGCGAGGCUGAGGCUAUUGAGCUUGGCGCGGAAGGCAUUCGCUUGAUCAAGAACGCGGAGGAGACUGAAGAAAACGUUGACAAAUUGAGGAAAAUGAUCCUUGGAGAAGACAGCGUUUACGGAGGGAGGAUGAGUGCCAACAAACCAGUAUCCAGCUCUGGGUACACUCCCUUUUUCAUUGCGCUGAGAAGCAGCAAACACAAGUUUGCCAGCGCCAUGAUGUGCGACAUUGAUCCAGGGCACAGGGACAACCACAGACGCAACGCCUUGCACAUUGUUUGCUGCAUGACUUCCGGAAGCUUCGAUGACUCCGCUGGCCCAGCGCUUGCUGUCCAGCUUUUGGAGAAGAAAGUUGAUAUCAAGGAAAGGGAUGGCGAUGGGGCAACACCCUUGCUCUUGGCGGCUGAGACGAACAGAUGGGGCACCUGUUGGGCCCUUUUAGAACACAUUAGGCGGACAAUGGGCAAGGAGGAAGCCGAGGCAGUCUUGGCAAUGAAGGAUGACCACGACAAAACGGUUCACUCGUACCUCAAUGAUGCGGGAAGGAAUCGACUGCAGGGAAUUAUUAGGUAA